AUGGGUUUCAUGAGGAUGAGGAGGAUAGUGCAGGCAAUGUGGGGAAAGACAGGGACUGUGACAUUAUCCGAUAUCGGUAAUGGGUACAUGACUGCUACUUUUACAGAUAUAGAUGACUAUUAUUUUGCUCUAGAGGGUGGCCCCUGGCUAAUUCAAAACCAUUACCUCACGGUACAAACAUGGAAAAGCAAUUUCAACCCCUGGAAUGAAAAAAUUCAAAAAGUCACAGCCUGGGUCCGGCUUCCUGGUUUACCUGGGGACUACUAUGAUAAAAAAUUCUUCUACAACCUGGGGAGCCAAAUAGGUACGCCUAUUAAGGUUGAUGAAAUGACCUUAACAAGAGCAAGAACCAUGUAUGCCCGUUUGUGUGUGGAGAUUGACCUGAAUGUUCCCCUCUUAUCGGCUUAUAGUAUAGAUGGGAAUAAGCUCAGAAUAGAAUACGAGGGACUGCACCUCAUAUGCUUUCACUAUGGAAAAUUUGGGCACGAUGCUGACCACUGCCCAGCAAAACCAUCAUCCGAGAGAGAGACGACAAAAGCAAAAGAGAAGGAAACUGAGAAGAGUACCGGAGCAGGAGAACACAGCCGGAAAAGUAAGGAGGAGCAAUCGGCGGUGUAUGGAGGGUGGAUGGUGGUACAGAACUCGAGAAAAGGAAGAAAAGGGGUACCUAGGACUGACAAGAUAGAGGUGGGUCAGAGUAGAGGCGGCCGAAGAGACGGAAAAACAAGCAGUGAGUCCAGAUUUGCUGUCUUAGAAGAUGAGCCAGUGGCAGAGAUGGAACGAAAUCAGGAGAGUACGGAGAGAAGAGCUCUGAAGGAUACCUCAAAUGAGAAAAAGAAAGCAGAAGAAGGGGGAAAAAUAGAGCGGCGAGUAGGAAAAAAGAGGGUUAUGGUAAAGCGAAAAAGGUGGAGGAAAAGAUUGGUGACGCUUCAAUGA